AUGUCGGACGAAGAGCAGCAGUUCGAGUCAAAGGGAGAUGAAGGGCCUUCCAAGACAUUCCCUUGGCAAACUGGUACCAAUUCGCCAGAAUGGUUUCAUCAUCAUCAAGAACAGGCCUUGCGAGUUUCCACUUCAAAAACCGGCAAGCAUGGACAUGCAAAGUGCCACUUUUUAGCCAUUGAUAUGUUUAAUGGGAAGAAACUUGAAGAUAUUGUUCCUUCAUACCACAAGUGUUAUGGCAAAUUUCUGUUUCCGUUUUGCCUUUCAUGGAUUAAGGAUGGGUUUGCUGAGGGAAAAGAACUUGUGGUGACAGUCAUGACAGCAAUGGGGGAGGAGCAAACCUGUGCUACCAAGAACAUUUGA